CGUUCCAAGAGGAGAUGGGCCCCUAUUCCCUGCUCAAUGCAAGAGAAUUUUCUGGGCCCGUUCCCUUUAUUUCUUCAACAGGUUCAGUCUGAUGCAGCACAGAACUAUACCAUCUUCUACUCAAUAAGUGGGCGUGGAGUUGACCAAGAACCUUUGAAUUUGUUUUUCAUAGAAAAAGACACAGGAAAUCUGUAUUGUACCCGGCCUGUGGAUCGUGAAGAAUAUGAUAUUUUUGAUUUAAUUGCCUAUGCCUCGACUGCAGAUGGGUAUUCAGCAGACUUACCUCUUCCACUGCCCAUCAGAGUGGAGGAUGACAAUGACAACCGCCCUAUUUUCACAGAAGCUAUUUAUAAUUUUGAAAUUCCAGAAAGUAGCAGAGUUGGUACUGCCGUGGGAGUGGUUUGUGCCACAGACAGAGAUGAACCGGACACGAUGCAUACACGCCUGAAGUAUAGCAUUUUGGAGCAGACCCCGAGGUCCCCUGGGGUCUUCGCUGUGCAUCCCAGCACAGGUGUUAUUACCAUCACCUCUCAUUAUUUGGACAGAGAGUCUGUAGAAAAGUACUCACUGAUAAUGAAAGUACAAGACAUGGAUGGUCAGGUUUUUGGAUUGAUGAGUACAUCAACCUGUAUGAUCACAGUAAAAGAUUCAAAUGACAACGCACCUACUUUCAAACAAAAUACUUACGAAGCAUCAGUAGAGGAAAAUGUAUACAAUGUGGAGAUCUUACGAAUACCUGUAGAAGAUAAGGAUUUAAUUAACACUGCCAAUUGGAGAGCCAAUUUUACCAUUUUGAAGGGCAAUGAAAACGGACAUUUCAAAAUCAGCACAGACAAAGACACUAAUGAGGGUGUUUUGUGGGUUGUAAAGCCGCUGAAUUAUGAAGAAAACCACCAAGUGAUCCUGGAAAUUGGAGCAAACAAUGAAGUUCCGUUUGCUAGAGAUGUUGCACUCAGAAUGGCAACCAUGAACCGAGCCUUGGUCACAGUUCAUGUGAGGGAUCAGGAUGAAGGGCCUGAAUGCAGCCCUGCAACUCAAUAUGUGCGGAUUAAAGAAAAUUUAGCAGUGGGGUCAAAGGUCAAUGGCUAUAAGGCAUAUGACCCUGAAACUAGAAGUAGCAAUGGCUUAAGGUACAAAAAAUUGCAUGAUCCUAAAGGAUGGAUCACCAUUGAUGAGAUUUUGGGGUCAAUCACAAUCUCCAAAAUCCUGGACCGGGAGACCAUGACUCCCAGAAAUGACUUAUAUAAUAUUACAGUCCUGGCAAUAGACCAAGAUGGUAGAUCGUGUACUGGAACACUCGCAGUUAACAUUGAAGAUACGAAUGAUAACCCACCAGAAAUACUUCAAAGUAAUAUAAUAGUUUGCAAACCAAAGAUGAAGUAUACUGACAUCUCAGCUGUCGAUCCUGAUGAACCUGUCCAUGGUGCUCCAUUUUAUUUCAGCUUGGCAAACACUUCUCCAGAAACGAACAGAAUAUGGAUCCUCACCAAAGUUAAUGAUACAGCUGCCCGUCUUUCAUAUCAGAAAAAUGCUGAAUUUCAGGAAUAUAGUGUUCCUAUUACUGUAAAAGAUAGAGAAGGUCAAUCUUCAACAAAAACCCUGAGAGUUAAUCUGUGUGAUUGUACUCAUCCAAGUCAAUGUGUGGCAGCUCGAAGGAGUGCAGGAGUAAUACUUGGAAAAUGGGCGAUCCUGGCCAUCCUACUGGGUAUAGCACUACUAUUUUCUGUAUUGCUAGCUUUGGUAUGUGGAGUUGUUGGUGCCAAAAAAAAAAAAGGUUUUCCUGAAGAUUUAGCACAGCAAAACUUGAUUAUAUCAAACACAGAAGCACCUGGAGAUGAUAAGGUGUGUUCUGGCAAUGGGUUUAUGACCCAGACAGUCAACUCUGGCCAAGGCUUUUGCGGUACCAUGGGAUCAGGAGUGAAAAAUGGAGGGCAGGAGACCAUUGAGAUGGUGAAAGGCGGACACCAGACCCUGGAAUCAUGCCAGGGGACCAUGCACCAUCACACCCUGGAUUCCUGCAGGGGAGGACCCAUGGAAGUGGACAACUGCAGAUACACCUGCUCCGAGUGGCAUAAUUUCACUCAGCCCCGUCUUGGUGAAAAAUUGCAUCUGUGUAACCAGAAUGAAGACCAUGUGCCAUCUCAAGAUUAUGUCCUUACAUACAACUAUGAAGGAAGAGGAUCUCCAGCUGGUUCUGUAGGUUGCUGCAGUGAAAAACAGGAAGAAGAUGGCCUUGACUUUUUAAAUAAUCUGGGAGCCAAAUUUACUACAUUAGCAGAGACAUGCACAAAGAGAUAAUGUUAAAGUACUACAGUUAGACAUGUAUUUG